GGGACCGGAGGGGCGGCGUGAUCCCGCGGCACGGCUGCGGGGCCAUGGAGGUGGCAGCGGACAGCAGCCGGUUCUCCUACAUCUUGGAACUGCUGAAGCGGGACAGGGUUGCCAUUAAGGGUAUCGAAAGAGAGCUUAUCUGCCCAGCAUGCAAGGAGUUGUUUACCCAUCCACUGAUCCUUCCAUGCCAGCACAAUGUCUGUCACAAAUGUGUGAAAGAAAUACUUUUUGCAUUUGAAGACUCUUUUGCUGAUGGAGGCUCUGAAUCCUCUAAUCAGAGUAGCCCUCGAAUCAGAAUCUCUGCUUCUAGCAUGGACAGAAUUGACAGGAUUAGUAGAUCAGGCAGAAAACGCAAUUCACUGACUCCUAGAUCAACUCUGUUUCCUUGUCCGGGUUGCCAGCGGGAUAUUGACCUUGGAGAACGUGGCAUCAAUGGCUUAUUUCGCAACUUUACUUUGGAAACCAUUGUGGAAAGAUACAGACAGGCAGCCAGGGCAGCCAUUGCUAUUAUGUGUGAUUUCUGCAAACCUCCGCCUCAAGAGUCUACAAAGAGCUGCAUGGACUGCAGUGCAAGCUAUUGCAAUGAAUGUUUCAAAAUACACCAUCCUUGGGGAACUCUGAAAGCCCAGCAUGAAUAUGUAGGACCAACCACCAACUUCAGACCCAAGAUUUUGAUGUGUCCAGAACAUGAAAUGGAGAGGGUAAACAUGUACUGUGAAAUCUGCAGAAGGCCUGUUUGUCAUCUCUGUAAACUGGGUGGAUGUCAUGCAAACCAUAGAGUAACAACCAUGAGCACUGCCUACAAAACCCUUAAGGAGAAGCUUUCAAAAGAUAUCGAGUACCUCAUCAGUAAGGAAAGCCAGGUGAAAGCUCACAUCACACAGCUGGAUCUGCUGCUGAAAGAAACAGAGUGCAACAGUGAAAGAGCUAAACAAGAAGCAUCUCAGAGCUUUGAGAAAUUAUAUCAUGUUCUGGAAGAGAAGAAAUCUGCAGCUCUUAGGGCAAUUGAAACUUCUAAGAAUAUAAGGCUGGAAAAAUUGCAAACGCAGGUGGAAGAAUAUCAAGGGCUCCUGGAAAAUAAUGGCCUUGUAGGAUAUGCUCAAGAAGUGCUUAAAGAAACUGAUCCCUCUUGUUUUGUUCAAACAGCAAAACAACUUCAUGUCAGAAUCCAAAAAGCUACUGAAUCUCUGAAGACCUUUAGGCCAGCAGCUGAAACUACUUUUGAAGACUUUGUGGUGGACAUUGCUAAGCAAGAAGACAUCCUUGGUGACUUGUCCUUCCAUUCCAAUGGUCUAGAAAUACCAGAAAUCAAUGAGGAGCAGAGCAGAAUGUACAACCAAGCUCUGAUCAGUUGGGAAUGCCCUGGGAAGACAGACUCAGCUGACAUCUAUGUUCUUGAGUAUCAUAAGCUUAAUAGAGAAGAGGAGAAUGUGACAUGGCAGAAGACUGAAGUUUGUGGCAAGAGCAAAGUAGUGUCUGAUCUAGAUGAUGACAGCAGCUAUGCCUUUAGAGUUCGAGGAUAUAAAGGGUCCAUCUGUAGCCCUUGGAGCCGAGAAGUUAUUUUGCGUACACCUCCAGCUCCAGUUUUCAGUUUUCUUUUUGAUGACAAGUGUGGGUACAACAAUGAACAUCUCCAGCUGAACCCAAGAAGAACUUCUGUGGAAAGUAGGGCUGGAUUUCCUUUACUGCUGGGAUCUGAGCGCCUGCAGGUUGGAUGUUACACAACCCUGGAUUACAUCAUUGGUGACACUGGGAUUGCCAAAGGGAAGCACUUCUGGGCCUUUCGUGUGGAAGCCUAUUCAUACCUGGUAAAAGUGGGAGUUGUUCCUAGCAACAAGAUACAGAAAUUGUUCCACAGUACCCCUGAUGUGACCAGUCCAAGAUACGAGCAAGACAGUGGUCAUGACAGUGGGAGUGAAGAUGCCUUCUUUGACUCAUCACAGCCUUGCACACUGGUCACUUUAGGCAUGAAGAAGUUCUUUAUCCCCACUACACCUGCUGCUCUCAAGGAUCCAGCAAGCAGAAUCCUUCCCCUGCCGUCAUGCUUGGGCAUUUGCCUUGACUGUGACAGAGGCAGGGUAGGGUUUUAUGAUGCAGGCCGUAUGAAAUGCCUUUAUGAGUGUGAGGUGGAUUGCUCUGGCAUAAUGUACCCAGCAUUUGCUUUAAUGGGUGGUGCUGCAGUUCAUCUUGAGGAAGCUGCCACAGCAAAGUACAGGGAGUACAAUGACGACAUCUAGUGCGGUGAUCUCUUCCCAUUGCUGUUCUGAGAUGGAAAAUGAAAGCAGAAGAAUUCUACCUUAGUUUUCAGUCCUGAUUAAUUAUAUUCUACCUACGUGUUGCUCACAAGCCUCUGGCCCAUGUUUUUUUGAGAUAAACAGUCCAGGCACUUUCCGCACUAAAGGAAUUCUCCUGCCUUUCUUGUGAUCUGUGCAAUGCUGUCCUCCACAGAUUUUUUUCCUGGGGGAAGCAGGGAAGAAGUUUGACUAGCAACCAAAAUUUGCUCUUCAGGACUAGCAACCAAAACUUACUCUUCAGGGGUAGAAAUCUGCCUUUUAUUUAACUUAAAUCCUUACAUAGUCAGUUUUGUAUUUAAUGAAGUCAAAGCUGACAGUGAGUGAUUGCUAUUCUUCUUUUAAGAAAUCUACCUGAAUGCCUCUGAGGGGUCAAAUGUUUUCCUGUUAACCCCUGAGCACCAGUUGGGCCUUUCAGCACAAAAUAGCAUUCUAAAAAAAUGCAAUAUAAAACAGGAAGAAAUGAGAAAUCAGGAAUGCUGUUGAACAUUUAAGUUAUACUUGGAAAGAGGAGGGUAAACUUGAAUAUGAUUGCAUGUUGUAUACCUUUAAUGUGAUUGUAAGCUGAAACUCAAGUUCUGACACAUGGUGUCAUAUAGUUGGUGGCAUAAUGGUAAGUUUCUUUACUCUUCCAUGCUUUUACUAUAAGCUAUUUAAAAUAAAGUGCAAUUUAACCUUAAAAGUCAGAAUUUGGAGUAAAAAAUCAGAAGUAUUUGCAUUUGUGAAUAAUAGUACCUGGUAUUUAAGCAAAACCAAGGGGGUUAUUGACAUGAGUAAUCAUAUGUGAACUUGAAAAAAAAAUCAGGUAUUUCUUUUAAUACUCACUCUUAUAGGUUAAUUUUUUUUAUCUAGUAGCAGCUUGGGUUUUUCUUAGUAAGAAUGUUAAAAGUGCACUGAUUAAGUUUUGAGACCUAAUUUCUGCCUUAAAGGAUGUCUCCCUUCAACUUUCAGUUCCUGUAAUGUUAAAAACUUUAUCACACAGUAGUUUUUCCUAGAAUCAUAGAAACACAGAAUAGCUUGGUUUGGAAGGGACCUUUAAAGACUGUCUAGUUCCAGUGCUCAUGUCAUGGCAGGGACACCUUCCACUCAACCAGGUUGCUCAAAGCUAUGUCCAACCUGACCUUGAACACUUCCAGGGAUGGCAGUUUG